AUGAAUUAAAAUAAAGUCAAACAAGAUUUUAACACUCAAAUAGAAUAAAAGACUAACUUUCCUAUGGCUAUAUGGAUAUGCUUGGCUACUUUUGGCAGCAUUUAUGCUUAAACAGAGGCUCCUUCUUUGCAUGACUACUGGAAGGAAUACUACGCUCAUGAUUAUGCUGAGAGAUUUGAGUUUUACUUUAACUUAUCCUAGUCUAUUUCGCUGUUUUCCCUUGUAUUUCUUUCUUUCGCUGUUGGCAUACUCUGCGAUUUAUACUCUAAUGCUAUUAUUAUGAUUGUCCAAGGUUUUAUAAUCGUUUUAGGAUAAUUUUUAGUUUAUUGUUCUUACUAUUUCAGCUAGUUUUGGUUCUUUUUUGUUGGUAGAAUGCUCAUUAUCUUAGGUAUGUAAACUAUUCAAACAUCUUCUAAGUCCUUCCUAAAUUAACAUGUUGCUGAUAAAGAAAAGGGAUUCUUAUUUGGUAUACACUCUUCUUCAGUAUUGGUAGGAAAAUUUGUUGUCCUGAUAAUAGAACCUUAUAUAGCUAGCAAAUUAGGAAUGGAGGUUGCAUUGCUAUUUACAUUUGGCUUGACUUGCUUUUCCUUGUUUGCUUCUUACAUGACUUACUAUUUAGAAGAAAAAGAAAAAACAAAUUUAGCUGAAGUAUAAACAGACUUAGACUCUGAAAGCUAAAUUGACUCAAACUAGGAUUUGGUAUAAACACAAACAUAGAACACUUUCAUGUCUUAAUGGUAGCAAAUUCUCUCUUACAGCAUGUAAUAUUGGCUCUUUGGAUAUAUUAUAGCAUCUAGCCUACUUGUAACAAAUGUUUUAGACGCUCUUUUGCCUGCUUAUCUUUCUUCCCAUUGGAAAAUUAAUACUUUAGAUGCAACAAGAAUAUCUUCCAUAUAGUAAUUCUAUGGAUUUAUUAACUGGCUUAUGGGAAUGUGUUAUGAUUGGUUACAAAUGGGAUAGGAAUGGCUACUAUUUUCCAGUGUUGCCUCGUUAGUUGGGUAAGUUAUCUUAACUUAAUACGAUCCUGUUCUGGGAACCGUAAUAGAGGGAUUGGGAUACAAUAUGAGAGUAGUUGCCAUGUUUCCACUUCUUGGAAAAUUAGUAAAAAAAGAGGCAACUGGUAAAGCAUAUGGUUUAAUUAGAAGUUUUAAAGACUUAAUAUCAAUGAUGGCAUUUUUGAUCAUAGGAUUACUAGUAAAUGCUAGCAAUUCUUAUCAUAGUUCCUUUUAAGGAGUAGGAUUUUACAUUGCUUUUUACACAUUAAUUAACAUAUUCCUUUACAUUAAAAGUAAACAACCUUUACAAAUUCUUCAAAAGCUUUGA